AAACAGCACCCCCUGUUAGUCACCUAGUGUAUAUAUAAAUCACUGGGCCAGACUCUCGCUCCCACUCUUGCCUUUUUGUCCGUGUUCUCAAAUUCAGAAAUCCCCUGGGAAUCCUCCUAAUCUACAUCGAGCCAACAUUUGCUUUUAUUUUACUGAAGUUUGUUUGGCUAAACUUUAGUCUAGAUACGCGGACGGUGAUAUCGUUUUAUACUGAGUUUAUAACGCUUGUUGGACGACUUUAGUCUCCGCGGUGGUUGUGUUGUUUUUCCCCCUCUUGUCCACUUCGCUGGUUCUUUAUUUGAGAAGAGAACACAUCCAACUCUAAACCAAAAUGGACACGGGAGUAUCUCCAGCUCGCGCAACUCUGCGGGUCGACGCAUAACGGAUAAAUAAACAGGAUCUAUUUUAAUGGACGACAAAAUCUUCUUUUUUCAUUUUGAUAAUCCUAACCACUUAAACUUUUAGGCUAAUAUAAAUGUAUUAAAGCGGAGUGGAGUGGAUUAUCUCGUAUCAUGUCAAGGAUUUUGAUAUCGAAAUAGCCUAAUUGUUCACUUUUUGAGACAAUCUGGGGUUUUUAUAACAGUCGGAUAUCCCUGCUACUACUAAAAUGGUAUAAUCGAACCGUAGCCUAUUGAAUGGGAGUGUAGACUGGACUCUUCUCGUAUUAUGAAAAGGUUUUGCUGAAGUUUGGUGGGUUGGUUGGUUAAACAGGGACCAUGUCGGGAGUUGUGCGGAGCCUGAGCCGCUGCCUGCUGCCGGCCGAGGCCACCCGAGAGGCGGGCGGCAGCAAGGACAGGAUCCGGGAAAGGGACGCGGUGCAGGAGCGAGAGGCUCGGCGGAGGAGCCGGGAGAUUGAUGCCAUGCUUGCACGAGAGAGGCGCGCGGUGAGGCGGCUCGUGAAGAUCCUUCUCCUCGGCGCUGGAGAGAGCGGCAAAUCGACCUUCCUCAAACAGAUGAGGAUAAUUAAUGGGAAAGAGUUCGACAAGAAAGCUCUACUCGACUUCCGGGACACAAUCUUUGAGAAUAUCAUAAAGGGGAUGCGUGUAUUGGUGGAUGCACGGGACAAGCUGGGGAUUCCGUGGCAGAACUCUGAAAACGAGAAGCAUGGCAUGUUUGUGAUGUCAUUUGAGGGGCGUGGUGGAGUGGCGGUAGAACCAAUGGAAUUCCAGCUUUAUGGUCUGGCGCUGGACGCUCUGUGGAGGGAUUCUGGAAUACAGGACGCCUACGCACGACGCAGUGAGUUUCAACUGGCUCAUCCUGACAUGGCCCUCCAGCAUGACAAUGCCACCAGCCAUACUGCUCGUUCUGUGCAUGAUUACCUGCAAGACCGGAAGGUCAGUGUUCUGCCAUGGCCAGCGGAGAGCCCGGAUCUCAAUCCCAUUGAGCAUGUCUGGGACCUGUUGGAUCGGAGGCACAAGGUGCACCUGUGUAAUGAUCAUGCUGUUUAA